GCACACUUUGACCAGUUUUCUUGGAGGUGGUUGCGUUUUAAAGCUGUCUCCAAAAUGCAGCGCACUUUGGUUUUUAUUUUUCUGUUUUGUGUUUUUGGGAAAUGUCUUUGCGAGGAACGAGCAAAUUUUAAAGGGUAUCGUGUUAUUCGAGCUACUCCCGCAAAUGAAGCCCAGCUAAAGCUUCUUACGAAUCUUGAAGAGUCCGGCAAUUUCGAAGUAGAUUUUUGGACUCACCCCUCCCACGUAGGUGCAGCUGUUGAUAUUCGUGUGAGUGCUUUGCAGUACCCUCGUCUCGCUAAGCUACUGGAGUCUAAUGGGAUCAUAUUUACCAUUCUUAUCCCGGAUGUGCAAGACUUGUUGGAAAGUGAGAACCCGCCUCCAGCCCGAUCAGCAAGAGCAUACGACUAUGGUCGUUACAAUAGGCUAACUCCGAUGGUAGAUGAACUCAGGAGCCUUGUUUCUUCUCAUCCAAAUUUGGCAAGUUUAGUGGAAGAGUUCGGCACGUCAUACGAGAAAAGGACGAUUUAUGCUGUAAAGAUAUCAUCCAAUCCUAACGCUGGACGCAAAACAUUUUUUAUCAACUGUGGAAUUCAUGCUCGCGAGUGGAUCACUCCUGCGACUUGUAUGUUCAUGAUAAAUCAGAUGCUGAAGAAAUAUGGCAAAGACGCGUCCGUCACUAACAUGGUGGAUAGGCUGGAUUGGGUGAUCAUGCCAGUAUUUAAUGUGGAUGGAUAUGAAUUCACUCACACCGGGAAUCGAAUGUGGAGAAAGACUAUGUCUCGAAAUAGUGGGUCUAGUUGCUUAGGCACAGACCCCAACCGUAACUGGAACUUCGGAUGGGCAGGAGUUGGUACUAGUAGCAACCCAUGCAGGGAUACCUACCACGGACCACGACCUUUCUCUGAGAUCGAAGUCAGGAAUGUGGCUCGAUAUCUUUACAAAAAUCGAAGAAACCUGAUUGGUUACAUGGACAUUCAUGCUUACAGUCAACUCUGGAUGACCCCCUGGGGUUACAAAAGAGCCUACCCAAAAGACUACACGGAGCUGAAACGUGUCUCUGACAUUGCAGUCAACGCACUUUAUAAUGCUGGAUACCGGACGCAAUAUAGAGUUGGUCCCUCGUCUAUUAUUAUUUACGCAAAUUCAGGAUCUACAAAGGACUGGGCAUAUGGGAUCCUUGGCGUGAGGUACUCAUUUGCCCUGGAACUGAGAGAUAAGGGACAAUAUGGCUUUUUAUUGCCAGCCAAUCAGAUAAUACCAACUGGUCUGGAGACGUUCGCUGCCAUCAAGGCAAUGGGUGCAGCACUUAAAAUCUGAUGAAGAAGUGUCUGUCAGUUGCGUUAUAAUUACCAUUGAAAAAUGUCCCGAGAAAAAAUUUCCAGAGAACAUUGAUUAAAGGGGGUAUUUGAUUUUAAAGUGUGAGAGUUUAAUCACUGCUAUAUCAAUCACAGUCACUCAGUAUUUGUUAUAAAGUUGCGAACAAUAUAACAGUUCUAAGAAUCUGCGCAGUCGUCAGCAUCGUAAUGAUGCCAGUGAUAAAGUGUUUGAGUUAUCAUUCAGCAAUAGAGGGUGGACUCCACAAUUGCUGUUUUGUAAUAGACUAAAUCAAAGUUUAAUUCUUGGCGAUAAGGAUUUUCAUCUUUGUAGAGAGUCAGAGAAGGGGGGGUAUGGUGCCUUUAAACACUUCCUUAUUUCAGUUUUAUUUGGGUAGGGUAUGCCCACCACACACAAAGUACCAAACUGAAACCUGCAACACCAUGUACAAACUCAGUAACACCUUAAAAUGCCAUGGAUAAAAGUGAAUCGUUGUCAUAAAUUUAUGAGCCGUACAUGAUGACAAAAUAUACCACUUUAUAUUGCGAUCAUCUAUUCCUUUAAGCGAAAAUAUUAGAGCACUUUCAAAUCGAGUAUCGAAAGUGAUUCGAAUUUGAAUUAGGUUCUCUGUCUCGCUCUGUGAUUGGUCUAAAUAAAUCAUGUUACCUUA